AUGGGAAAUGCCUCUGAUUCCUCAGCGUUCAUGUCCACCUUAUCAGAGAGAGAAGACCUGAUUUUUGGCACACUCUAUUUGCUCUUUGGCAUAGUUUCUCUCUUUGGAAAUUCCCUGCUCUUGCUGGUGGCCUAUCGGAAGAGAUCCAUGUUGAAGCCUGCUGAAUUCUUCAUUGUGAACCUGGCUAUCAGUGACCUGGGCAUGACGGUGACCCUCUUCCCUUUGGCCACGCCAUCCUUCUUUGCACACAGAUGGCUGUUUAACCAUGCGAUGUGCACAUUCUAUGCAUUCUCCGGCAUGUUCUUUGGUCUCUGCAGUCUUACCAGCCUGACAGUGCUAAGCACGGUUUGCUGCCUGAAGGUCUGUUAUCCAGCCUGUGGCAAUAAGUUCUCUCCCACACACGCUGGUGUCCUGUUACUGUGUGUCUGGGCAUACGCCCUUGUCUUUGCCAUAGCUCCUCUAGCCAACUGGGGCAGUUACGGACCAGAGCCCUAUGGGACAGCCUGCUGCCUUAAGUGGAAAGCUUCAACCAGGGAGGCAAUGAUCUAUAUCGUGGUCCUCUUCAUCUUCUGUUACCUCUUCCCUUGCCUUCUGAUCCUCAUCUCCUACUCGCUCAUCCUUUGGACUGUGAAAGUGUCCCGAAGAGCCGUGAAGCAGCACAUGUCACUGCAGAGCAAAGCCAACAGCGUGCACAGCUUGAUUGUCAAGCUAAGCGUUGCUGUGUGCAUUGGAUUUCUGGCUGCUUGGACCCCAUAUGCAAUUGUUGCCAUGUGGGCAGCCUUUGGAGAUGCCAGCCAGGUUCCAGUUCUGGCCUUUGCACUCUCUGCCGUUUUUGCCAAGUCCUCAACGACCUACAACCCUCUGGUCUAUCUGCUUUUCAAACCCAACUUCCAGAAGUUCCUCUCCAAAGACCUGUCCCUGCUGCAGGCCAUCUGUGCCGUCAUCUGCUGCAGCCACCAAAGUGUCGUCACACUCCAGUCUUUCCAGACCAGAGAGGGCAGAACCUCUGCCAGGCUCUCCACAGCCUUCCCUGAGUCCCCUGGGGCUUGCAGGAACUGCAACGACACUUUUGAAUGUUUCAGUAACUAUCCCAGGUGCUAUAAGCUCACCCAGCAACCCGACCCUACAACCAGGCCCAAUCUCCUGGCAGACAGGCCUGCUUGCCAGCCGGCUCUGAAAAGGACUGUGCAGGUCAUGGUGCUUGUUACCAGGAAGAAGUCGGGAAUGGGGACUACAAGCGUGGCAGGAAACGUUCUGCCUUCAGACCUUGUGAAAGAUCUUAUCUGAGCAUCCAGAGAGGCCAGGAGCUCCUGAGCAGGGCUAGGCCUCCCCAUCCUAGACAACAGGGAAUAUUUUAGCUUCAUAUAUUAAAAAAAAAAAUCUGUUUAUAUGCCUGAUGGGUCCUAACCUGCAAAAAUGCCCUUUAUGUGAUACAGAAAACUGUACACCAGCCUUCCAUUUUUGCUGUUGCAAUUUUGGACCUACAAUUUGCCCCUGUAAAAAGGGACACUGGUGUCUGAAAAUCUGACUAUGUAUUACAGUUAUGGAUGUUUCCACUGAAAUACACUCCUCAGGGCCCUUUAUCUUUGUUUUUCCAUAUUCUGGUGCUUUGAUGGCCACACAUGAACUUUAUUCUCUUGAGAAGCAUUGUCUAGCAUGCAGAGCUGGGAGCUAGAAAGUUCUGACCCCAGGUCUGAUCCAGAUCCCUGUAGCCUUUUGCAACCAAGUCACUUAAUCAUGUCAGUUUUCCCACUCAUCUACCCCACAGGAGGACUGUGAAGAUUAAGUAGUUAAUGUUUGCAAAGUGCUUUGACUCCAAAGAGCCUUAUAUAAGCACUCAGUAUUGUAUAAAAUCUCAAGAGACAUCAUUCUGUGUUAUGCCAUAUUACCCAAACCCUCACCAUUAAUAUAAAAUAAAGCCCUGUCCUACAAAUAAGGAUUUGGGUCUAAGAUGAUCCUGUUCAACUAGUACAGAUUCCAUGUGCUGCUCCCCACCGUGUGAACAGCAAGACUGAAACAGCAGGACAUCCGUUUAGGUAGAUUGGCAGUGAUGCAAGACUGGGCUUUAUUGUCCAUUUAGCUUUUAGGUGUAAUUUAAA